AUGAAGUUACCCAAUUGUAUUAACCGAAUUCAUAAACGAUUAUUAACAAUGAGUACUCCAACUCCUCCUCCCCUUAAAAAACCUUCGGUUCAACAACCUCAAUGGAUUAAACCUCAUGAUAAAUCAAAUCAAAAACCAACCCUUAAAAUCUAUAAUUCAUUAACAAGAUCCAAAAAUGAUUUCAUUACCAUAAAACCAGGUCAUAUCACUUGGUAUUGUUGUGGUCCUACUGUUUAUGAUCAUUCUCAUAUGGGUCAUGCUAGAAAUUAUGUUUCAACUGAUAUUUGUAGAAGAAUUUUACAAGAUUAUUUUGGUUAUAAUAUUAAUUUUAUUCAAAAUGUAACUGAUAUCGAUGAUAAAAUCAUUAUUGCUGCUCGUCAACAAUAUCUUUUUGAACAAAAGAUUAUUAAUCAAUAUCAUGAAAUUAAUCAAUCUUUAAUAAAUCAAUCAAAACAAUUCUUAAAAGUUUAUAUCAAUAAAAAUUUACCUCAAUUCAAUCAUGAUAAUAUAGAAACGGAUUUUAUUAAUUGGUCUCAAUCAAUUCCAAAUUUAUCUGACCUUUCUAAAGAAAUUCCAAAAUUCCCCAUGUAUUUAAAAGCAGCCACUGUAGCUCAUCAAGCCAUUUAUAAUUCAUCAUCAUCAUCAUCAUCAUUAACUAUAGAAACUUAUUUAUCCAACAUUCAAGAUGUUGCAAAACCAUACUUGGAUAAAGAAUUCGGAUCCACCGUCAAUGAUCCAUCUAUAUUUAGAAAAUUACCAUCAUUCUGGGAAAAUAAAUUCAAUCAAGAUAUGGAUAAAUUAAAUGUUUUACCUCCAUCAAUCACUACUAGAGUUUCAGAAUAUAUCCCUGAUAUCAUUGCCUUUGUGGAUAAAAUCAUUUCUAAUGGGUUUGCUUAUAAGACUCAAGAUGGAUCAGUAUAUUUCGAUACUAUUAAAUUUGAAAAUGAUUCAAAUCAUGAUUAUGCCAAAUUACAACCUUGGAAUAAAGGUGAUUUAUCUUUAAUUAAUGAUGGAGAAGGUUCAUUAACCACUGGUGAAUCGAAAAAGAGUCCGGCUGAUUUCGCCUUAUGGAAAGCUUCUAAACCAGGUGAACCUUCAUGGUCAUCACAAUGGGGAGAAGGUAGACCAGGUUGGCAUAUUGAAUGUUCUGUUAUGGCCUCUGAUAUUACGGGUGAAGUGAUGGAUAUUCAUUCUGGGGGGAUUGAUUUAUGUUUCCCUCAUCAUGAUAAUGAAUUGGCUCAAUCAGAAGCUUAUUUCGAUAAUAAACAAUGGGUGAAUUAUUUCAUGCAUAAUGGUCAUUUACAUAUUCAAGGUCAAAAAAUGUCAAAAUCUUUAAAGAAUUUCAUUACUAUUGAAGAAGCAUUACAAGAUUAUACUAGUAGACAAUUAAGAUUAGUAUUUGCCUUAAGUUCAUGGGAUAAACCAUUGGAUUUUAAAGAUUCUUUAAUUAGUGAAGUUAAAUCAGUUGAAUCAACCAUUUCAAAAUUCUUUACUACUGUCCGGGCAUUAAAUAAUGAUUAUAAACAUACGGUUGUUGAAGGAGGAUACAUUUCUAAGAAAGUUGGACCUCAAGAAAAACAAUUAUAUGAUGAUUUAGCAUUCACUCAAACUGAAGUUGAUAUUGCCUUUAAUGAUAAUUUAGCCAGUGGUCAAGCUUUGAGAUCAAUCCAAGAUUUAAUUGGGAAAUCAAAUGGAUAUAUCCAACAAGCUUCCUCAGGAGCUUUUGAAUUAAGAAUCGAAGUGUUAUUACAAGUUACUAAUUGGAUUGUUAAGAUUUUAAAUAUCUUAGGUUUCGAAACUAGAAGAGAUAAAUUAGGUUGGUUGGAUGAUUCCGAUAAUCAAGCGGGUGAUUCAGAAGGUUCAGCUGAAGAUAUUGCUCUUCCUUAUGUUAAAGCGUUAUCUAAAUUCAGAGAUAUUGUUCGUAAUGCAGCCAUUAGUAAAUCUGAUCCUAAUGAAAUCUUAAAAGCUUGUGAUGAAAUUAGAUCAGAUUUGGUUAAUUUAGGAGUUUCAUUAGAUGAUAGACCUAAUGGAGUUGCAUUGGUUAAGUUUUUAAAUGCUCAAGAAAAGGAAGAUUUAAUUCAACAACAAGAUGCAAAAUUAAAAGCAGCUGAAGAAAAGGAAGCUAAAAAGAGAGAGCAAGCAGUUGCUAAUGCUAAAAAGGAACAAGAAAAAUUAGAAAAGAUGAAAGUGAAUCCCUUAGAUAUGUUUAAAGAUGUUACUUUAUAUACAGAGUGGGAUGAAACGGGAUUACCAACAAAAGAUAUUAAUGGAGAAGAAGUUACUAAAAGUAUGAAAAAGAAAUUAACUAAACAACAACAACAACAAGAGAAACUUUAUCAAGAAUAUUUAAAGUUGACUUCUGCGUAA